AACACAGAUUCCUUUAUAAAAGAUUCUUAUCUGUCUUUACCAAAGAUUUCUGUCUUUACAAAUAGUCUAUAUUCUUUCUUUUCAUUAAUUUUAUUUUAUAAUUAUCUUUAUGUCCUUGAUUUAUAAAUAAGUAUAAUAUUUUAUUUUACGAGUUUAUAGAGUAAACCUUUUGUGUUUAUUGAAAAAAUUGUGCUGAUUGUGAAAUAAAUAUUCAAUGAAUAUGUCCCAACAAGGGAAAAUGCGAGAUGAUGGAUCUCAUCAUGAUGGAUCAUGGCAUUCAUGGGGACAAAAACAUUCUUUAAUUAAAAGACAUCCACCCGGCUUGAGGGGCAAGGAAAUUGGCCUAUUCUACAGAAACCAACAAAAAAAGCACGGUAAAAAGGCAAAAGAAUUCAAAUUUCAUCUAAAUGUGCCAAAGUCAAUAGUGGUUACAUUAAAAAAUAAAUUGCAAGUUAUAGCUAAACUUACAACCUAUCAAGAUAUUUCACUAAUAAAAAAAAUUAAAGAUGGAGAUGAAAAGUCAACAAAAUGUGUUGUGCCUGAAUUUAUUGAACCAAAAAAAGAAUUACCAUGUAGUGAAGAUGAUAACUCAAAAAAUUCUCAUAACAGUAAAGAUAUUGAUGAUUACAAAUUUAUUAAACCAAACUCUAAACCAGCAUUGGUGUAUAAUAAUAAACCGAGUACUUCUAAACUUCCUGACUUUAUACCAGUUUCGGCAGAACCUACAACAGACCAAGGUAAUGAGCCCAGGAUAUUGUCUCUUAGAGGUGCUGGUGACUAUAAAUAUAGUUAUGAAGAUAUCAUCACAGGAACUUUUAAAGAAAAACUAGAAGAAUGUCUCUCUAAAGGAGUCAAAAUAAGAGAAACAAAUAAUGAAAUCAAUGACCUUAGUAUAGCUUUAUAUGAAGAUUAUAAAGACAUGCUCAAAAGAUCAAGUUAUAAAAAACUAAUGCAAUUCAGGGAAAAAUUGCCAACUUACAAAAAAUCAAAAGAUCUUCUUGAUGUUAUUAAUAAUAAUCAAGUAAUUGUAGUCAGUGGGGAGACAGGGUGUGGAAAAUCAACACAGGUCCCACAAAUAAUUUUAGAUGAUGCUAUAUUAAACAAUAAGGGAGCUAAUGUAAAGAUUCUAGUAACGCAACCUAGACGCAUUGCUGCCCUAUCUCUGGCUUCAAGAGUCGCUGAAGAGAGAGCAGAGUCAAUGGGGUCAUCUGUUGGAUAUGCAGUAAGAUUAGAAAAAAUAGAAAGUAGGGAACGUGGAGGUAUAAUGUAUUGUACUACAGGAAUACUUUUGGUCGAUUUGGAAGUUAACCAAGGUUUAACCAAUUACAGCCAUAUAAUACUAGAUGAAGUACAUGAAAGGGACUGUCACAUUGAUUUCGCCAUGUGUAUGUUGAAGGAGGUUAGAAAUAAAAUCCUAUUCAUAUUCCGUGGAAUCGUCCACAAAGAAUUCGUUCCACCGGGGAAAACUGUGAAUCAAGUCUACUAUUGCCAAGUACUCGAAAGAUUGCGAAAACGAGUCAACAGGGUGCGCCCAGACAUCGCUCGUAACUGGAUCCUUCAUCACGACAACGCGCCGUGCCACACCGCCCUCAGCGUGUCCCAGUAUUUGGCCUCUAAAGGGAUCGCCGUGUUGCAACAGCCGCCUUAUUCGCCCGACAUGUCACCCUGUGACUUUUUUUUGUUUCCUAAAACAAAAUCGGUGGUCAAAGGAACCCAUUUUGAGUCGAUUACGGACAUCCAGGCGGCCGUGACGAGGGUACUCGCGGACAUCCCAGUCGAAGCGUUCCAGAAAUGUUACGAAGCAUGGAAAACGCGCUGGAAUCGCUGUAUAGCUGCCCAAGGGGACUACUUUGAAGGGGAUGGCAGAUCUAUCUGCAAAGGAGAUCCCGGUGCGAUUCUAGUAUUUCUACCUGGAAUUGGCGAUAUAACGAAACUCAUAAAACAAAUGAACCGUAGCGGUCACUUUCCUAGUUCGCGUUACGAUAUUCAUCCACUACAUUCAAAAUUGUCUUCAAUAGAACAACGUAAGAUAUUUGAGAGGCCACCAGAGCACAUAAGGAAGAUAAUAAUAGCUACAAACAUAGCUGAAACAUCUAUAACUGUAGAUGAUAUUGUAUACGUGAUAGACUGUGGUAGAAUCAAAUGUACAGGACUGAAUGUGGAAGAUAACAUUUCUACACUUCAAGUAGAAUGGGUGUCGCAGGCAAAUUUGCGUCAAAGACGAGGUCGCGCUGGUCGAUGCCAGCCAGGUAUCUGUCUAUUAAAAGACCAUCUCGUAAAAUUCGUUCCGAGCACGGAAACAUUUGCAACAUGCCUGAUUCAUCAUGGCAGAGUCAUUCUCACCAUUCAAUGGGCUGUCAAACAUUUGCAAAAAAAAAAACAAUGCGGUGCACUGGACGAGUCGGAGAGGCUGACGCCGCUGGGCUGGCACAUGGCGCGGCUGCCGCUGCACCCGGCGGCCGGAAAGCUGCUGCUACUCGCCGCCCUCUUCGGCUGCCUCGACCGCGCCGCUAGUCUCGCUGCUGUCUGGAGCUUCAAGGACCCAUUCCUUUUGGUCAUUGGUAAAGAACGAGAGGUGGAAAUCGCGAAACGCGAGCUGACAUUAGGUGAGCCCAGCGACCACGUAGCGAUGUCGGAGGCCGUAUUACGAUGGGAGCGCCUUCGUGAAAGAGAAGGGCGUGAGUUCGCGUACCGCUACUUCCUAUCUGUCAACACUCUAGAACUCCUAUCCGACAUGAAGAAACAAUUAGGCGACAAUCUAAAAAAUAUGGGAUUCCUUCCCUCGGGUGACGUUAAAGCAUCCUGGGAGAACCGGAAUGCGGACAACAUAAGUUUAUUCAAGGCAAUAGUGGCUGCUGCAUUGUAUCCUAACAUAGGUACAGUCAGAUGGACAGGCACGCGUGGGAGGAAUGCUUUUAAAAAACAAAUGAGAAUUAAAGUGCGAACACCAGAAGAUGGUCCUAUAGAAUUACAUCCCAGUAGUGUGAUGUGCGCGCCGCCACACAACAGUGGUCCCAUUCGGUCUCUGUGUACUAACCCUGGUGCCAACUGGCUCGUGUAUAGACUGAAACAGUUGUCCUCGCGACUCUUUCUUCUCGAUGUCACAUUAGUUUAUACACUUCCAUUGUUGUUUUUCGGCGAAUUGAAGGUAAUAAAAGAAGAAAAAAUAGAAGAUGAAACAGACUUAAACUCAGAGGAAGAAGAUCGAUGCCAAAUGACAAUCUCAACUUACAAAGUACAAUGUAAUCAAGACACUACAGAUGUGCUGUUCGAACUUAGAAAAUUGCUAGAUCAAGUUCUAGCAUCAAAAAUCAUGGUUAAUAGUAACCACGCUGAACAACACAAUGAAUUUGAAGAGAAAGUAUUGAACGCCGUAGUGGAACUGAUCACGGCAGAAGAUGAAGGCACUGAUUAUUAUAAAGAUGAAGACGAUGACACUGCAUCUGAUACAUCAGACUGCGAAUUUGAUAGACGUCGAUUAAAAAAAUAUUAAUUCACUAUUAAAACGUUUAUUAUA